CGUCAAUCACACUACAGCACAGGACAGUCUUUUUCGAUCAAUUGACUGAUUGAAGCGUCAUCGUCAUCGAUGUCCAGUGGGCUCCUUCCCCGAACCAGUUUGAAAGUGUUUGGAAAAUCGCGCUCUUCCAUCCGGGUUAUGAAAAAUUGUUGAGGCCGCAGUUUCUCUGCCCGCUAGCAGAAACGCGCUGUGCAAACAACACGGAUAAAAAAAAUCACAAACAUUAAACUCGCGGUCUGUGCAGUAUUCAACCAUAUUAGAUGACAACUAUGGUCCCUGGCAGAACGUGAUCCGUCCAGAGUUCGUGUCUGAAAUGUCUUCCAAGCACCUGAUAUUGAAAAACGUCGGUCGUGAUUUCAUCGGCACUGAAUCGUGGUAGCUGCUAUCAACAUUAGGUGUGGUGAGAAGAGAGUUUAUUGCAAAACCUUCUGCCGUUGGGAACCUUUAACUGUGACAAAGCAGCACUCCCCAAUGUUUCAAGGAAAGACUGAAUGUUUCUCAACCCAAACAACCAUGGCAUCUGAACCCCCAACUUCUGUCAAGCUGAGUAAAUUACUUCUUGUCUCAAAGCUUUCUCGCUAUGACUUUGAGCGCUGCAGACAUGUCGACCUUACGGAAUCAGAAUUAGAAGUGGCAUUGCGGAAGAGAGGUGCAGAUUAUGAUUCUUUGAUCAAAAAUCACAAACUGCACAAAGAAUUUGAGCAGAAUGUCAAGAAAGCUUUUGAAGAUGCUGGUAUCGAAGCCCGAGUUGUGAACAGGUUUGAUUACACUAUGGACAAAAUCAACUGGGCUGACAUGAUUUGUGCAGUUGGGGGGGACGGCACAUUCUUACUAGCUGCCGGUCGUGUCACUGACAAUAGAAAACCAGUCAUUGGUUUUAAUUCUGAUCCCCGUCGAUCUGAAGGAUAUUUAAGUCUGAACAAAAAGUACUCAACUAAUAUUGAAGAAGCGGUGCGGAAGCUGAAACAGGGUGAAUUCAAAUGGCGCUUUAGGAAUAGAAUCAGGAUAAUAUUGUGCGGUGAAAACGUUCAUGAAGAUCCUGUUGAACUGCACGAGCAGGAACUUCUUGGUUCAAAUCAAAGAUUUUUUAGUGCGGUUCCUGAGAGUCGCCUGGAGUCCAAUGUUGUUAGUCCUGCUGAAACAAAUGUGCAACAAAGGCGACUACCUGUGCUGGCCCUUAAUGAGGUUUUUAUAGGAGAGAAUCUCUCUGCCAGGGUAUCCUAUUAUGAAAUGCGAAUGAAUGAUGGCCCAAGAACUAAGAUUAAAAGCUCUGGGCUUUGUGUAACCACUGGAACUGGCUCAACUUCAUGGAAUCUUAGCAUCAAUAGACUGACCCAACAAUCAGUAUCAGAGGUGCUACGUCUUUUGCAAGAGAAAAGGCCAGAACUCCUUCCUGCUUUGACUCAUGAGUCAGCAUUGGUACAAGACUUGGCUGAUGAAUUUAACAGCAGCCUUGUAUUUUCUGCAGAAGAUACAAGGAUGGGCUACACUAUCCGAGACCUCAUAUCUGCGGGUGUGUGGCCUCAGCCAAAAGGAGUUGAGCCUAGAGGGUUUGCAUCCCGUAUUGAAGUCAAGUCUCGCUGCUUGGAUGCAGGACUUGUUGUUGAUGGAGGAUUGUCAUUCCGUUUUAAUGAUGGAACAGUUGCCAUACUUGAGAUACACGAAAGCGAUGCUCUACGGACAGUUGAUCUGAAUGAGCCAUAAUGCAUAUUGUUAUACAAGUUACAUUUUGAUCACAUUUUGUACCACAUAGAUUUGCCUAUGUCUUGGCAAUUUUUACGUGUGUUGUGCUUAUAAAUUAUCUGCUCCUUUUCUGGGCAGUCUUUAAGUCUCCAAUAGUUGGAAUUUUAUUAAACUUUCUUAGGCUGCUUUGUAAAGUCCUUGCAUUUUUUUUAAAUUUUCUGCAUAAUUUCAAUUGGUUUCUAUUUUUGAAUUUUAAGUAAACUCGGUUAACAUUAUCUCUAUUAUCUUGUUUUACUAUAUGUAUUAUUAUCAGCCGAGUGUAGAACAGCUCCUUUGCAUGGAAGUGCAUGAUUAUUGUUAGGUUUAUUACUGUCCUUAAUGGGUUCUUUUUGUUUGUUAUAAUGGGGCUGGUUUAUUUUAAUAUUCUGACUAGUUUGAUAAGCUCCAAUGUUUUUGUUCUUGCUCUAUUCUACUCUCGUUUUUUCGAUUUUUUUUCUCCUUGUUGUAACUAAGUUAGAGAAUUUCCUGAACAAAAUGUCUUGUGUUUAUGGGAAAUUUUUCUAAGUCGCUUGUAACACCAGUUUUGUUUUUUGUUUUUCUCUUGGAUUCAACUGACCCUCGUUUAUCAACUGAAAGGGGUGGUGUGGGUAGAAAACGUGUGUGAAUCUGCUUGGUAAACAGUAAGUUACUAAUUAACCUGUCCAGUGAUCAACUCUCAGAUCAUCCCCAUUGUUCUGUGAUGGAAAAGGAAAUCAUGUUAACAAAACACCCAUGUUUAAUCUUUGUUUUUCCGCAGCAUCUUAUCAUUAGGUUCUAGUGUUAAAUAUUUUUGAAACAAUGUAAGCUAAUAUGAUUUUGAUAAAUCCUGUCUGCAUUAUGGGUUUUGAAUACAUUUACAUUUACAGACUGACAUUCACGAAUCUUUUCUACAGCCCCUGUUUUGUCUUUUUAAAAUUAGGAUCCUGUAUUUCAUUGCCAAACUGAUAUUGCUGGAGAAGGUCCUACAAUUUUUUUCAUGUUACGGAUGCAGGGUAAACGGAAGAACCAGUUGUAUUCAUGACCUGACAAUUUGAACUGAAUCUGAUAUUUGAGCAAUGUUGUCCGAGUGAAAUACUAGUACCUUGAAAAUUAUUUUCACUGCCUAAAAUAGUAGAUGAAUGGUCCAAUGCAAUUAAUUUUUCUCAUCUUCCCAUUGAUUAAUGACUGAUAUUACGUCAUGGUUUUUUGUUAGGUAUUGUAUUUUUGUAGUCUAACGGGACUAUUUUUCUAUUGAACCUUCAUUGGUUGAUUGUGAUAUGACGAACAAUGUAAAGUAGUUUCAAUAUUUCAGAAGAACAUUAUUAAUAUUUAUUGUCAGACUUAUGUUUUAUUCUUGUUACAUAGGAAAAUGCACAAGGAAGACAUAAAAUCUACCAAAAUGUGUUGACUGGAUUGAGUGAGAUUUUGUUAAAAAUAAUUAUGUACUCUUUAAAUUUGUGAUGUUUUAGUACCUUUGCCAUUAGAAUGAGCAGAACAUCUAGGUGUUAUUUUGUUAUAGUCUACGUGUAAUGUUCUAUCCUUGUAAACCUUUGUUUCAACACGCUCAACAUUUUGAUGGUUCUGUCCAUAACAACUAACAACUCAUAUCGCAGUAUGUCUGUUUGCUGAAGCCUAAGUUAUAACAGUAGAUCUGCCAUUGGUAAUCAUUCAUAUAUUUUCUUUUAAAUUGAUGCAUUUACAGAUUCUUGUACAACUUGUACAAUGUAUAUUUCUGAAUAUAUAAUAAAUAAAAGACAUGUUUUGGGAAA